AUGCCGUCUAGCUAUGCCGUCUAUGCCGUCUAUGCCGUCUAUGCCGUCUAUGCCGUCUAUGCCGUCUAUGCCGUCUAUGCCGUCUAUGCCGUCUAUGCCGUCUAUGCCUUAGGUACAUAUUGUAACGAGAUAUAUCUUCCAAGAUAUCCACUGUAUUCCAGUAGCAACAAAAUCCGAGUUUGGUUUUAUUCUGAUGCGUCUGAUCAGUUCCAGGGAUUCAACGCGUCCUUUACAAGUAUCAAAGAAACCGGAUGCGGAGGACAUUUAACAUCGUCUACAGGCAUCAUCACAUCUCCUCGUUAUGGGAUAUCACCAUACCCCAGCAACAUAGAGUGUGAAUGGAUAAUAACAAUAGAUCAAGACAAACACAUCAAGCUUUGGUUCGAAGCGGUUUCCAUUGAACUCACCACAGUCAAAUGUAUUGACAAGAUUGAUAUCUGGGAUGGACCAAUAAACAACGAGACAUUCCUUGGAAGUAUUUGUCAAAGCACAAACCCGAUCUACUCCAAGAAUAACCGACUGAGGUUCAAAUUUGUGACGAACGCUGAAGGUCGUGGCCAAGGGUUUUUAGCAAGAUACUCCAGCUCACUUACGAGAGGCUGUGGAGAAGAUUUUGAAGAAUCGAGAGGUUUGAUAACGUCACCUAACUACCCUUAUAGCUACCCGACCAUGGUGGAAUGCAUAUGGCGCAUCAAAGCUCCACAAAACACUUACAUCUCGAUAAGGUUCGUUGAGUUGGUUGGAAUGAAUAGUACGAGCCAAGCUUGUCCUUUGGAUCAUAUUCAAAUACUGGAUGGAUAUGACAAGAACUCCAAGUCUUUAGGGACAUUCUGUAGCUUCAAUCUGCCAGGAGUAAUUACGUCCAGCAGUAAUCAUAUGGUAGUUCGCUUCCAGUCCACUCUCAGCAUGACACCAGGAAGAUUUCGUUCGCUUUUCCUUAUUCAUUCCAGAGAGUGUAACGCAUCUCUUGGUAUGGAAGAUGGACGCAUAGACUACACACAGAUUUCCGCUUCGUCUUACUCUAAUUAUUAUUAUGGAUCAAAUGAUCAAAGAUGGUCGCUCUUGCCAAGAUUGGGUCGGUUAAAUGGAGAAUAUGCAUGGUGUAGUCAGGCCCAGGGAGAGAGGAUGAUAGUUGGCGAGUAUUUCCAGGUAGAUCUCAGGAACCUAACAAUGAUAACAGCUGUUGCUACCCAGGGCUUCGCUCAUCGGAUCACAACGCAAAUUGGACACGAACACAUAGACGUUGUCACUUGGUACAAAGUAGAAUACAGCUAUGACGCAAAAUAUUGGGUGGCUUACAGUGAUGGUAGCGUGAACAGUACAGCCAAAGGAUAUACGGAGUUCAUGGGAAACUACCAUUACCCAACCAUCAUCCGUAACGUGUUCAAUCCUGCUAUAAUAGCCAACAUGAUCAGAGUGAUUCCGACUAACUUCAUCAGUAACUUUGGACGUCACAUGUGUCUACGCCUAGAAGUCUAUGGAUGUCCGUAUCACUUAGGAUGUGGAAAGACCAUAUCAACCAAAGAUCCUGGUGAAAUUAAUGUACGUGGGAAUGCAGACAAGAAAACGAGCUGUAUCUGGGUAUCUAGACCCAGUCCACCUGUAUUCAAUGACCUCGUUACGGUGUUGACCUUCAAACUCUUCAACCUUCCCUGUAAUGCUGGAUAUCUUAACUUACAGGAGCAAAUGUCAGGCAAAUCAUCCAAGUUCUGCGAUAACAAUUCACCUAGUACCUACAUGAUCAGAGCAUCUGAACAGUUUAUUCUGAGUGUAAACAUGAAAGAAGGCACAGCAGAUAAAGGCUUUGAUAUCAAGUAUCACACGGAGACCCUGGGAUGUGGGGAAAUCAUAAAUAUAAUAAAUAAUGGUACAAUCACGUCUCCUCGCUUUCCAAAAAACUAUGGAACAGAUCAAAAAUGCGUGUGGAUUCUUGCUGCUAAACAGUCUGCCAAGAUAGCAGUACACUUCAAAGAAAUCAAGCUGCAAGAUCCUAUCAAUGGAACAACAUGUUUGGAUUAUGUUCAGAUCAAAGAUGGACAACUAGAUGCAUCCCCCAUUGUUAGCCGUCAUUGUGGAGACACUUUACCUCUUAUGUUCACCUCAUCAAAAAACUUCCUACGAGUGGAGUUUUAUAGCGACCAAGCUAUUGUUAACAAAGGGUUCACUCUAGAGUACAAGUAUCUAUUACCACCAACAGAAAGACAGUAUAAAGAUUUUUCCCCAUACAUCGUUUUUUCUAAGGAGGAAGUUCCAGUACAUUCAUCAGCAUCACGAAUGGACACAUGCUUUCCACACUUGAUAUUAAUGACGUCAACAGUGUUAUGUGGAGUGUUCUCUCUCCUUUGAAACUGUUGUUUGGAUAUCACUCAGUUCUGUGUAGGUAGUGAGACAGAAGAAUAGGAAUAACGUCAUAGGUAGACUUGGCUAGUAUGAGUCUAGCGUAGCUAGUAGCCAAGCAAGUGACAUAGUACGUGGCUAUAAUAUUAGCAAACCUACUUGAUGUCUACUGAUAUUCAUUAGAAGAACCGCCCUCACAGGGGCGGAUCCAGGGUUGGUAAAAGGGAUGACUAGCCACCCCCCUUUUUCAAAUUUCUCAGUAUUUCGUUACUAACAGCAACCCCCCUUUUCCUCGCAUUUCUGGUAAAACCUUUGGAUCCGCCCCUAGGUGACCACCAUGAUUCAGACUUUUGCCUUAUAGUCAGUUCAUCAAAUAAUAUACUGUAAUGAAUUAAUUUAGUUCUAAA